AUGCUUAGCUUGCUUUCAGUUCAGGUAAGUGCCAACGGUACGUAUUGGGCUUACUUUCCAGAUCCUCCUAUUCUACAUGCAUGUACUUGGACAGAUUCCAUUAUUCCAGUAACCUCCUCAUUUCCUGAAUUGACCGAUGGCAUUCGAGGAGUACAAGGCUAUAAACAAUUUGUAAUUAAUUUUAACUACUCAUUUACAGGUCAGACCGACUUUCCUCCAAUAUGUUUUUUUCUUGGUUCAGGGUUAAUAGAAAAUAGUCAUACAAAGAAUGGGUGUUUGUCAGUAGUUGAUGCAGGAUUCUUGACAGACUCCCCUAAAAAACCAGUAGGAAAAGAUAAGACCACAAGAUAUCUAUGGUCAUUGUUAGGGAAAGUUGUAGGACAAAAUCAAGUUUAUGUUAAUAAACAUCCAGCUAAAAAUGUUCAUCCUCCUAGAUAUGAUGAUUGUGAUGAGGCUGCAGGGGAAGCUACAGAUAAAUGGGUUUGGAUAGAUAUUAAAACUGGAUAUCCUUCAUGGAUAUAUUGUAUGUACAAUAAAGAGAAUAAAAUAACCAUUCCUGGAACCAAAUAUUAUAUUUCAGAUUGGAGUAUUAAUUUUCCUGAGGGAGAUUAUAGAACAUAUUUAGGUAAAGGCUUGCUAUACCCAUGGAAUGAUUCCUAUAUUCCCCGUCCAUUGAAGUCAUCAUCCGAUUAAUUCAAGCUGCCCUCCAGAGUGUAUAUAAAACCAAAGUGGAAUUGCAUACUGCCUUUUUAAAAAAUAAAAAAGGGGGAGAUGCCGGGAGCCAUAUAGGAAGUGCCUUUGAGUCUCAGCACGGACGAGACCCAUAGUGCCAAGCAAAGCUGGUACUGUCAGGUACAAAUAAGGAGAAGCAAAGCUCU